GCCCCGUCAGAUCAUAUAUCCAGUCACACAAAAAACACUUUUCGUUUCAAUUGGGAAAAUAAAAAUUUAAAGGGAAUACAUUUCAGGCACCUUCAGCAUGGCGGACAUGGAGGAGUACGGCCUUCCAAUGGCGAAAAUAACCUUUAUAUCCGACGAGCUGGAAAGGACUCAUCUGGCCCGCGUACCCCAAGUCCUGCGGCAGUUGGAGGACAUCCGGGAGCCGGAGGACGAAAUGCUCCUGGCUGAAGGCAGCCGGCUGAGGAGGAAACCAUUUUCGGAGGACUACUAGAAAUCAACGAAAUUUUCACGUCACAAAACCUAACGAGCGACACCUGCCAAAGGAGCCAAGGUGUUGGCCUGGCAAUUAAUGACUGGCUCAACUUCUCACAUUCACAUUUACAUUCACGUGCUCGAGCCGGGCAAACAAAGCCAUCCAGGAAAGCUGAGGGCGACAACAGCAACACGCAACAACAGCAACAGCAACCGGGCUCUAAAACACACAAACAAAUUGUGACAAAGUUGCGGAAAUUUAAUUAAAAUCAAAUAGAACCCACUGA